AUGCAUCAAACGUCUGCAACUGUGACGACACGGUUGCGGUCUUCACGCGGGGAAAUCAUAGACCUCGUGCUGCCACGCGAUUGUACAGUAGAAAGACUAGUUAACUUCCUUGUGAAUCAGUACGACUACCCAAAAGGGACUCGAAUAGUACACGACUACCAAGAGAUAGGCCCGCGCAGUGCAUUGAGUGAUUUUCCAGAUGGAUCACUUAUCAUUGAGCUUCCCACAAACGUUUCGCAGCGCUCUCGAGUGCAGUCACAUCAUCAGCAUCCGUACUGCACGCAACAACAAACAGACUCCCCAAGGCAGCAGGGCCAACCACAACAAAACGACAACUUGCCAUACAAUAGGACGAUGGAGUCCGCGUAUUCGCCAAAGCAGCGAACAUUUGCUUCGGGUGUGCGCUUGAGUGGUGGUUCACCUCCAUUGGCAUCAUUGAGUGGAUGGCAGUCACCCAAACGGCAGCCGACUUCCGAGCAUCAAUCCGUUGGUAAUGACACGCGAUACUCUGCACCCUCAGCUUUUGAAUCAGCAAAUAGCCGUCCUCAAACCUCCCAUCAUAACAAUGCCGCAACAGGGCGGCAAACGAUACCGUCGCCUAUGGGGGUGCCAUCAAAUAUUACACGUAGCAGUUUCACAACAGAAUCUGAAAGUGCGAAGGCGGCUGAUGAUUUUCAACCUGAUAUGAAGCAGCAAAGUCAGCCAUCAGAACCCUUGUCUCCGCGGUCAGUAGUGUCGCUCCGUUGCUUGUCUCCUGGUCUGAAGCGAAACGUGUUGCUUACAUUACCGGAUGAGGCCACGCUGGAUGAUGUACUUCUCGCAGCCGUAGCACAGGAGCCACGGCUUGCAGGAUGUAAACUUGUUUUCCGUGGAAAGCAGCUAAAUAACUUGAGCACCAAACUCUCUAGCUGCGGCAUUCGCUCAGGAGUUGGUACCAUUGAACCUGUGCCCAUCAACCCCGACGCGGAUGGGAUAUAUUCUCUUUACUUUUCCCCCAACGAAGUCAAUGGUGUCCAGAAAACAAUGCUGAUUGAAAUUGAGUCAAAUAUAGCCGCUAUGGAACCGAUGGUUAAUCAAGAUGGACUUACACUAAACCAGAGACAGGGUUACUAUGAGGAACUUAUGCGCAUUCUUUUUCGUACGGAUGGAUUAAAUGAUUUAGAGGACGAAUGGCGGUUGAGACGCAAACAAGCCGUUAAGCGCCUAACAGAGCUGCAGGACAACCUUAAGGUUGAUGGCGUGGUGUGA